AGGCACGGGCCAGCGCUACCGCAAGGAUCCAUGGAAGAUUGUCUAUGGCUACCAGUUCAAGAGGAAUCUGCAGUGCACUGCCAAGCCCAAGCAGAAAGCCAUGCAAUCGAGGCAGGAAGCCGAGGCAGAGUGCAGCAAGGAUUCCAGCUGCAAGGGCUUUUAUUCACCCAAGUGUAACGAAUCUGUGGUGCUCUGUCUGGAUAUGGCCGACCAAGAAGCCAAUGGCGGUUGUGUCUAUGAGAAGCUGGAGAUUGGCGGCGGAGAGCAAUGCACCGGCACAGCGUCCGAGGUGACCGCAUGUAACAGCCAGAUCUGCUCGGUAGACUGCGUGAUGUCGGAGUGGACAGACUGGACGCCCUGCGAGAAGUGCACGCAAGUGCGGCGGAGGAACGUCACCCAGGAGAGCGGUGCUGGCGUGCCUUGCGGUAAGACGGAGGAAGAGAAGCCCUGUGGAACGCCCUGCGUGGAUUGCAGCCGGUCAGAAUGCGAAAACUCCACGGAGGUCUCUCAAUGCACACAGCCGGGCAAUUGCUCUACGAACUGCACAUGGGAGGACUGGAACGAUUGGACGGUUUGUUCCGCCAGCUGUGGUGAAGGGAGCCGAGUGAGGUUCCGCCUUGUGGCAAAGGAGGCCGUGGGGCCCCACGGUGCGGAGUGCACCGGCAAGCCCAAGGAAGAAGAAUACUGUGACCCUGGAAGUGAAUGUCCAGUUGAUUGUGCCUUCAACGACUGGAAGGAGUGGGGUCCGUGCGAAGCCAUGCCCUGUGGCGCGAAGAAAGUCCGUGCCAGGACACAGCAACCGGCACUCUAUGGCGGGAAGGCUUGCGAUGGCAACACCAGCCAAGAGGAGGAGUGCAUCAUCCCCGAUGCAAAGAUCGUCGAGUGUGAUGAGAAUGGAAAGCCGGUGACCACUACGACCACAACCACCAUCACCAGCAUCUCCACCACUACGCUCACCACCACCACUACAACUAUCACCAGCACACAAACUACCACCACUACAAGUGCAAACAUCACGAGCACGGUGCUCAAUGACUCGGCCAGCGCUGCCAUCGCCGCCACGGUCACAGUGGAAGGCACAGAGGUCUUAGAAGUGAGCAACGCCAACGACUUCGUGAAGGACACGGAGGCCUUGGAGGCGAUCCGAGAAGCGAUCGCUCAAGAGGCGCAGGUCUCCACCGACGCCGUGGUCAUCAUAUCGGUCACCAUCGUGCAGGAGUCUGGCGCCUCGCUUUUGUCCUUGGGCUCACGCCCACGACGGAAGCGUCUCGAGUCGCCCAGCGGUCGUGUGGAGAUCAAGUACGAGAUCAUGCCUUUGAACAAGACCGUGGAUCAGGUCUUGGACACCUUAGAUCAGGUCGACACCGUGGAGGCUGUCGAGACCUUUGAGACGGCCUUGGCACAUCACAAUGCCAAGUAUGUCGUGGAGGUGUCCUCAAGCGAAACAAAGGCGGUCUCAAAGGAGGAUGGUCACACGGUCCGCGAAGUGCACUUGGACAGUGCAGCAUCUCCACUGGUGCUUCCCUUUGUUCCUGUAUGGCUUCAACUUUGGUCACUCUGAGAAGGAGUGGAGUAUUGGUUGGAUGCUUUGUUUGGAAGUCUCAGAAAAGAACUAUCCAUGUGAUUUUGGUACGUAGCUGGUCCGGACUGGAAUUUGUGAAGCUGCCAGUCUGCAGACCAUCAUUAGCUCGCAGCAAUCAAAAAGACCAAACCGCAAGUGAAGUACCCAGAGACUUUUGGUGCAGAUAUAUCUUUU